ACCAGUGUUUUGUAGUUUCUUUCUCCUUCCUAAACCUCUUUUUCUUUCUUUCUUGCCUAAUUUACCUUUCUCUGCAUUUUCUUUCCAUCAUCUAUCAAAAUCCUAAAAAAAAUUACGAAACCCUAAAACCAAAUUGUUCUUAGAUUUCACUUUAUUUCAUCUCUACAUGGCUAAUGCUGCUUGGGUAUGCGAUUUGAAUUCUGGAGACCAAUCUGAGGAUAGGUGCACAAUUGUGGAUGAUUCCAUGGUGGACAAGCGAUUCAGGGAUGGUGACAGCCAACUGGUAGAUGGCUUAUGCAUUGUCACUGGUGAGGUGACUUCAGAGUUUCCAGGCCUGCUAAUCAAAACUCGGGCUGUUUGGAAGAACUUUCUGGAGGUGAAUAGAGAGGAUCCCUGUUAGAGCACUGGAUUUAGAUGUUCUGGCUAUUAUCUCAGAUGACGAAGUGACGCUAGUUCUGCAGAUCAAGGGGAAAGCAUUUCUAGCUAAGAGGCCAAACCAAUGUAGUGUUCCGACGGGUGGUAAGCAGUUAAGAGGUAGGAUUGGCCUCAACUUAACUGUUAAUGUUGAGAAAUGCUUGCUUCUAAGUGGAAUACAUAUUAUGUGAGUUUGGUCAUUUCACUGUUCUAUUGAGGAUGGGUUUUCAAUAUGUAUUAUGAGUUGAUGAUACUUUGUCACUAAGGAGGGCUGACAGGAUCAAGAUCGUGUGUGCUUGGAUUUAUCAUAUCUGUGGUUAGUUAUGGUGGUAAUUGGGAAGAGGAAUAUACAGUGAAAUUAUUAAGAAUGUCUGAUGAGGGUACACUGAAAGGGCUUGUUUUUGCUUGUUUUUGCUUGGACCUAGUUGCUACACAAGUUGAAAGGGGUGGUGGUUCCCUGAAAUUAACAACCAAGGAGAUA